AUGUUUGUACAUGGUCGUGUGUGUGUGGCGGCAGGUGUUAGUGAACGAGUGGGUGGAGUCGACGUACAUGUCGCCGCGGAGCCGCGCGCAGAUACAGACGCAGAUGGAGCGCUCCAGCGAGACGUGGAGUGGGAGUGGUCCGGUCCGCUGCACCAGCGGCGGUACGAGCAGGUGCGCGCGCAGUGGGCGCAGCGCGACGAGAAGCACGUGGUGCGCGGCGCGCUGCGGCUGCUCGCGUCCAGCGCGUUCUGCAGGCUGCUGCACGCGUGCACCGACAUACAGGUGCAGCACCACGCGCCGCCGCAGCUGCAGCGCUGGACGCCGGGCUCGUUCACUUUGUUGCCGCCGCGCGAGCACUACCAGCAGCCGCGGCUGGAGGUGGUGAUGUACCUGGGGGUGCCCCAGCGGCGGAUAGCGGGCGCCUCCACGCUCUACGUGGCCCCCGAGGACGAGGCGGCGGGCGCGGCGAGUGCAGGGGGCGCAGGGGGCGCUGGGGGCGCAGGGAGUACAGGGGGCGCGGCGGCGGCGGCGGGUGCGGGGGCGGGGGCAGCGCUGGUGACGCUGCCGCCGGUGAACAACGCCCUCAACCUGGUGUACUGCGACGCGGGCGCCGCCUCGUUCACCGAGUACCUGAGCAGGCUGGGCGCGCGCGCCGACGAGCCGUUCUACAUCCUCACGUGCACGUACAAGGAAUGA